AUGGAGGCCGCACCAAAAAGUCACAAUUAUGAUGAUGACGUGAGCAGGCGACGCACACACAUCGCCAUCGCCGUGUGUGGCUGUGGCCACGAUGGCCGCCUCGGCUUGGGGUCGUGCGACUCGCAGAGCCGUGUUACGCUCAUUCCCUUCUUCCUGUCUGGCAACAACAACGACGUUGACAAUCAGUUGGUUGGCACCAUCCGUGCAGUGCGUGUCGGUGGAUACCACAAUUUUGCCAUCACUACAACAGGCGUGUACGGGUGGGGGCUGAACGAGAAUGGGCAGCUCGGUCUGGGCCACGGCUCACCAGCGUACGUGCCGCUUCCCAUGCGCAUCCCGUUCUUCGAUAAAUCUGACGUCAUUGAAAUUGCGUGCGGCGCCUAUCACACAUUUGCGUGGACACAUGAAGGCCUGUUCGCGUGUGGCAAAAAUGAAGAUGGCCAGCUCGGCCUCUCGGGCGAGAAGGACCAUAUCGAAUUCACGACUGUACUAACAGCCGCACAGGCAAACAACAGUGAUGCAACAGGACACGAAGUGAAUGGAGGUUGCCGCCUGAUUCGGCGGGGACAGCUGACACACGUGAGCUGUGGCACGCACCACACACUGCUGGCCUUCCGUGACGUUGAGGUAGAGAGGGAAAAGGACAGUGAGGUACAGAAGCAACACUACCCGAUCCUCAUCGCAGCGGCGGGGAAAGGCGACUUUGGCGAGCUCGGCUACGACGGUGACGCAUGGUCUGUGCUGCAGGCGAAGGCAAAGUCUAUGCAGGCGGCUCUGCGUGCCGACGCGCAGCAGCAUCAGCAACAACAACACGAUAACGAUUCCACUGUUACUGUCCAAGGACUCCCUGAGAAAAAAUGGAAGCCACUGAAACAGCGCCGGGCAGUGUUUUCAUCCGAAGCUUUCCAGCCGGUGGGCCUCCCGCUGCUGCUUGAGCGGGCUGCAGCGUCAUCGUGUGUGUGUCCCUUCGAAAUUGUCAGUCUUCACGCGAUGCACUUGCACUCAAGUGUGGUCUUGCGCGACACUUCCGCAGUGGAGCGUGACGCAGGUGUCGGCUGCAUGCAAACGUUCCACUGGGGUUGCUACUAUUGCAAUGCCGUUGAGGACGACGCGUCGUCUAUCCCACGGAGUGCAGGCGAAGAAGUGUGUUUGCAUGCCGGCAACGAGACGCUCUUCCGCUACAAUGCCGCCACCGCACCCUGUAUGAGAGUGGAGGUGAUGGGAAGCGGUGUUCUUGGACUUGGGGAAGAAGACUCGUUUAAGACGGUGUGGGUGCCGCUGCCGUUGCCGCCUGAGGCGGAAGGUCACCGUGUGAGCGCCAUUACCGGGCGAGAGCACUAUCUCAUUCUGCUCAACGACACUUUGGUGGUGGGGUUCGGUGAUAAUAUGUUCGGGCAGCUCGGUGUGGAUGACAAAAUGAUAGAUGUUGUGCUGCGUCCUACUGUCGUGCUUCGAGUGGGGGACCACCUGCGGAGUCCUUCUGCCGCCGAUGGUAAUGGGGAAAGUGUGUGGGGUGUGGAGAGCAUUCGAGAUGUGGGGUGUGGGGUGCGGCACUCCGUGUUCCUUGUUGAGGUCUACCGCCAGCCCGCCGAUGUCACCGCAGAGGCUGAUGCUGUGGUGAAGGGGCGGGCAGUGCUGUAG